GCCCGGACCGGGCAUGGCUUCCCUGCGGUCCGCGCCGCCCUCCCGCCGCGCCGCGCCUUCAGAGCCGCCCCGACAGUAGCAGCCGCGGCAGCGCAGCCGAGCCCCGCCGGCAUGGGGGAGAAAGCGGGCACCAGAGUUUUCAAAAAGUCCAGCCCCAACUGCAAACUCACUGUUUACCUGGGAAAGCGUGACUUUGUGGAUCACCUGGACAGGGUUGACCCCGUUGACGGCGUGGUUCUUGUUGACCCGGAAUAUCUCAAGGAUCGGAAAGUUUUUGUGACGCUGACGUGUGCCUUCCGCUAUGGCCGUGAGGACCUGGAUGUCCUGGGCCUCUCCUUCCGCAAGGAUCUCUUCUUGGCCUCCUGGCAGGCCUUCCCCCCCGCCGAGGGCAGCCCUGAGCAGCUCACCCGCCUGCAGGAGCGGCUGCUGCGCAAACUGGGGGCCAACGCCCACCCCUUCAGCUUCAUGAUCCCCCAGAACCUGCCCUGCUCGGUGACAUUGCAGCCGGGCCCGGAGGACACGGGGAAGGCUUGUGGCGUGGACUUCGAGAUUCGGGCAUUUUGUGCCAAAAACCUGGAGGAGAAGAUUCACAAAAGGAACUCCGUCCGCCUGGUUAUCCGGAAAGUCCAGUAUGCCCCCGAGAAGUCUGGCCCGCAGCCCAUGGCCGAGACCACCCGCCAUUUCCUGAUGUCCGACCGCUCCUUACACCUGGAAGCUUCCCUCGACAAGGAGCUUUAUUAUCACGGUGAGCCAAUCAGCGUCAACGUUCACGUGACCAACAACUCCAGCAAAAGCGUCAAGAAAGUGAAAGUGGCCGUGCGGCAGUACGCAGACAUCUGCCUCUUCAGCACCGCCCAGUACAAGUGUCCCGUGGCCCAGAUUGAGCAGGAAGACCAGGUGGCCCCCAGCUCCACUUUCUGCAAGGUUUACACGCUCACCCCGCAGCUGAGCAACAACCGGGAAAAGCGAGGCCUGGCCCUGGAUGGGAAGCUGAAGCACGAGGACACCAACCUGGCCUCCUCCACCAUCGUGACGGAGGGCAUCAACAAGGAAGUCCUGGGCAUCCUGGUCUCCUACAGGGUCAAAGUGAAGCUGGUGGUCUCCCGGGGAGGGGACGUGGCGGUGGAGCUGCCCUUUGUCCUGAUGCACCCGAAGCCGCCCGAGCAGCUCUCCCCGAUGCAGCCCCCAGCAGGUGAGGCUCUACCCCCUUCCCCCCUUUCCUCCCCGGUUCCAGUUCCCCCAACUGCUUCACACUCCCCUCUCGUUCCUCCCUCCCCAGAUGUGCCAGAAUCGGACCUGCCGAUCGAUGCCAACCUGAUUGAGUUUGAGCCCAAUUACGGGCAGGAUGAUGACAUCGUGUUUGAGGACUUUGCCCGGCUGCGCCUGAAGGGCACGAAAGACGACGAGGAGGCCGAUUACUUCUGCUAGGAGGCCCUUGGCCCCCCCUGCAAGCAUCCUGUCCGAGGACCACCUUCCCCACCUUGUCCUGUGGCUGUAGUGGGGGGGUGGGGUUUUCAUGUGACUAAAAUUGGGGAGGGGUCCUCCCGGCUUUUCUCCCGUCCCCCUGCUUCUACUUUCCGAGAGGAUUUUGAUGUAUAUAACGAGCUCCCCGCACCUGCCACCCCCUCCGUCUCGCGCACUGGAGUCAUUCAUUGGGCAUUAAUGUCAGGUGGUCCCGUCCUCAAGUACCACUUUGCUGUUGUCUCCCCCUCCCCCACUUCUCUCUUUUGUAUCUACUAUUUUAAAUGCUUCAGAAGAUACCAAUAGUAGAAUUGGGCCCACUUGGAAAGGGACAGAGGCUUUGGAUGCGUUCUGCUCUGGGGCUCAGGACGGGCUCAGUUUUUUGGGGGGGCAACCCUUGGCCAAGCCCCCUGCCCCAGACGUGAUCCUGCCCCCAAAGAGGCGCACGGACCUGCCGCUCGCAAAGAGCAAGUGAAUAAAACAGUGAACUGAAA